AUGGUUUCCAACAAGCUGAUUGUUGCUGCUUUUGCGGCCCUGGCUUCAGUGGCCAAUGCAAGCCCCUGUAAACCGUCAUUUACCAAGGCCAUCACUACGUCUGCCACCGAAACUGCUGGAUCUUCCACUUAUGUCGAGACCAGCACUUCGAUUACUGAGAGUGAGACUGUGAUUGAGAGUGAGACAGCCACUACAGCCACCACAGCCACUGAUGCUACCACGGAGACCCUCAGUACUGAAGCAUCGACGACUGUUGCCGAGGGUGCUACCACAACCACGACAGCCGGUGAGCCUCUUCUCACUAACGCUGACUUCGAAGACGGUACGACUGCCCCAUGGGAGUUGAUAUCGGAGCAUGGGGGUCCCCUGGUUCUUGGCAGUGGCUUCCAGAGUCCAGCCUCUGGUAAAGUCCAGUUUGAUAGCGACAAUGGCAACCAGUAUAUCAGUCUUGUUAUGCAAAAGAUUAACAAGCAAGCACUCAAGGCGGGCUCGUAUGAUCUCCAAGGCCGUACCCGCGUUGAUAGCUAUAGCCAAGGCAACGACGGCUGUAGUACUAUCGUCAGCGCUUGCGUCACUGGAUCUGGGACAAGCGUGAUUCCCGUGCCAGGUUCGAUAAUGCGGGCAAGCGCUGAGGAUUCCGCCAGUGACUGGUCACAGAUAGACACUACGUGCACCUUCACCGACGAGAUGCUAGCUGGAGAUGACGACUACAGCGUUGUGUUUGGAUUCUCCUGUGCUAAUUCGGCUGCCUACCUUGACUCUGUUAAGCUCGAGUGGGCUACUGCAAUCCCCAACACCGACACUACCACGGUUGCCACCGACACUACUACGGCUGCCACCAAUACUGAGACUAGUAUGGCAAUUACUACCACCCAAGCGACUACGGAGGCCACCUCAACCGAGGGCUCAACAAUCGCUACCGAGACUGCGACCACGACUACAGCAGCCGACCCAGACCCAACCCCUGUUGUCAUCAACAGCAGCUUCGAUCUCGAUACUACUGAGCCAUGGCUAUCGACUCGCUCCGAGACCGUGUACCGCGACCUCGCCGAUCCCUUCGAAGGACCCGCUUCUGGACGACUCGAAUUUGAAAUCGAUAGCGGAAAUGCGUACUAUAACUACUUUUACCAGAAGAUCGACACGAAAGACCUCAAAGCAGCCUCUUACCGCCUCGCUGGCUAUAUCCGCGUCGACUACUACACUAAUAGCGUGAAUAGCGAUGGAUGCAAUGCUUUCGCGAUGGGUUGUACCCUUGGAGACCCAAACAACUACGAUCGUGUUCCGGGUGGGACUCUAAUGGGCAGCCCUAGCGGCGCUGUGAACAGCUGGGCCCCGUUCGAUAUAACUUGCACGCUUACCGAGGACAUGCUGUCUGAGAAUGACUAUGUUAGCAUUACCUUUGGAUUCAGCUGUGCCAAUGUCGGUGCCAACCUCGACGCUGUGACAUUCGAGGAAGUCAAUUAG